GCUGAAGAAUGAACUAUAAAUAUGUGUUUUGUAAUACAGGCACAGAGCUAUCAAUAUAUUCCUCCAAGUAUUCAAGGAAAUGUGGCUGGAGGAAGAAAACACUGGACAAGAACAACUCAUCGAAAAUCUAACGCAAUCUUUUGAGGAUGCUGAAGCAAAGAAAGAGACGGAGGAGACAGAAGAGAAGCCGGAUCAACUGAGUCAAUUAGUGGUAGCAUUUUGUCGAAGCGCCACCACAGAACAGAGCGGCGGAAUAAAUGAAGACGACUUGUACAUGCACUAUGCUGACAUAUUCAGCAAG